CAGUCCUGUAAUGAGCAUAUUCUAGAGACACUCAGCAUCAUAUGGCUUCAGACCAUCAUGGAUACCCACCUUUAAAUAUGCACGUAAACACGAAGGAGGAGAGGACCAAAGAGCAGGACUAAACCGAUUUUCGACGCUUUAAACCAGUCUUCCAGCAAAGAAGCUUCACCUCUACACCACAGCAGGAGCGCAGAAGGGAAAGAGAGAGCGAGGGAGAGCAGCAUUAGGAAAAAUGCUGUGCCAGAUUGAUCUCAUUUAACACAUAAGCGAGGAAAUACCGUCAUUUUAUUUGGAAAACAUGAUCUAGAGGGAGGCCUAAACACCAUCCGUGCUUUGAGGCUAUGGAUGCUGUCCUGCGUUUCUGCAUUUUUGUGAGCCGGAGCGGUACGUUCGGGGGCCGUGUAAUGUCUGAUUGAGUGUAUCAAUGCUGCUGCUGUGUGGAUCUCUUUGGCUGUGGAAAAAAACUAGGCCUUGUUUGCCUGCUGGUCUCCACGCAGGGAACGCGGAACGCGGCUGUGUGCCUCAGCCUGUCGGGACCGUGCAGAGAGGAAGGGAGAAGCUCGUCGUCUGCAUGCCCGUUGGAAGUAGCAUGCACAAUAAAGACAUCCAUUACCAAAGGCCAUGCACAAACAGGCAGGAGCUAUAACACCAGGACGGUAGCCUGGUAGAUUCUUCUUCACCCCCUUUAAAUCGUCUGGACUUAAAAGCACUGUUUUUUUCUUCUUCUAUACGUUCAAAAUCUACUUGAAGGAUGGGAGGAAUAUUGCUGUAACACUUCCUGUCCGAUUGAUCGCGGUCUUCCUUUUUUGCUUGCCAAUUGCAAUUUUUUUUCCACUUGACAUUCUAAAGAUUUGCCAAAACCUGUUUCAUGCAUGUCCACUGGAGGCAGGUUUGACUUUGAUGAUGGGGGGUCGUACUGUGGAGGGUGGGAACAGGGCAAGGCGCACGGCCGAGGGGUCUGCACGGGUCCCCAGGGCCAGGGGGAGUACGCGGGGGCCUGGAGCCACGGAUUCGAAGUUCUCGGAGUUUACACUUGGCCCAGCGGGAACAGUUACAAAGGGACCUGGGCACAGGGCAAGAGGCAUGGCAUUGGCGUGGAGAGCAAAGGGAGGUGGGAGUACAAGGGGGAAUGGACACAAGGGUUCAAAGGCAGGUAUGGGAAGUUGGAAAGCACUAGCAGCGGUUCCCGUUAUGAAGGCACCUGGAGCAACGGCUUACAGGAUGGAUACGGCUCAGAGACCUAUUCGGACGGAGGCACAUACCAGGGCCAGUGGUUGAGCGGUAUGCGUCAUGGCUAUGGAGUGCGACAGAGUGUGCCUUAUGGCAUGGCAGCCAUCAUCUUCUCCCCUAUGUGCACCUCCAUAAACUCCCUGCGAUCCGAUCACAGUGAAGGAGCCCCAACUCCAGAAGAUGGCUCUGGAGUCAGUGGGGUAUCUGGCAGCCCAGUGGGGCGUAGUGGCUUUGUACUUUGUGCUCAGAGUGAAACAGACAGGCACAGGAAGAGGAAAGGCCGCUUUCGACAGUCCAUUCUGAGUGGUUUGAAGCUGCGGAGGUCUGAAUCCAAGAGCUCUCUGGCCAGCCAGUUAAGCAAGCAGAGUUCCUUCUGCAGCGAGGCAGGUAUGAGCACAGUCAGCUCAGCCGCCUCAGACAUCAACUCCAAUGUCAGCUUAGGUGAAGCGGAGGCAGGGGGCAGCGUGGAUGCCACUGUCACCGAAACAUAUGCUGGUGAAUGGAGGAAUGACAUGCGAUCGGGGUGGGGUGUAAGUCAUCGCUCUGAUGGUCUUCACUAUGAAGGUGAGUGGUUUGGAAACAAGCGGCACGGCUACGGCUGCACCACUUUUCCAGAUGGAACCAAGGAAGAGGGCAAAUACAAGCAGAAUGUUCUGGUGAGUGGAAAGCGGAAAAACCUAAUACCGCUCCGUACCAGCAAAAUCCGUGAAAAGGUGGAUCGUGCUGUGGAAGCUGCGGAGAAAGCUGCAGACAUAGCCAAGCAGAAAGCUGAGAUUGCAUUGUCUAGGAUGAGCCAUGCUAGAGGAAAGGCGGAGGCUGCAGAAGGAGUCGCACAGAGAGCCCUGGAGGAGUGUCGUCUAGCCAGGGCUAUAGCCAAAGAACUUUCCCCCUCUUUCCAUCACUAUGGGAAUGGACUAGAGUGCCAGAGACCAAAGCAUCAGGACAGGAAAGAGAAAGACCUGGAGGUGGUCUCGACUGGUACAGACAGCCCUGAGCUCUGCACACCAGACACAACACCCCCAGCCCAGACGCCUGACCUGAGCCCAGUUCUAAGCAGCCCCUCAUCACCUCCCUGCAGCCCACCUACUCAUCGCACUAGGAAUUCUUGUUUCAUGCGACAGAGCGCUGUGGAUGAACAAGGAGGGGCUGAGAUUCAGGUUCUAGUAGAAGGUAGAGGCAUGGAAAGCAUGAGAAGUGGGGCCAACAGUUGGACAGCUGAGAUGUAUCCUCACAGAAGAGGAAGCAAAGGGGAGAGCAGUCGCUCCACAACUCCAUCUUUGCUGGAAGAGGAGAUCGGUCACGUUAAUGGACAUGAGAAUUCCACAACUCAUCACCCAUGGGAGAACGGCUCCUCCAAUCACAAGCCCAUUGAGCAUAUGGCCCCUGAGAAGGUGUGGGAUCAAAUGUCCUCCAAUCAAAAGCCCUGGAAGCAUGUUUCCUUAAAUCAAAAAUCCAGGGAACAUACAAUUUCCAGGGAACGAGAACGGGAGCAUAAACCGUCCAAUCACAAAUCUGUUGAUUGUGACUCUUCCAAGUUCAAACCACAGGUGCACAUAUAUUCCAAUCACAAGUCAGCAGGUCAUAAUUUGUCCAAUCACAAGACCAAUGAGCAUGCUUCCUCCAAUCACAAACCAAAGGAGUUUAUUUCUGCACAUGAAAAACCACACGUUUCUUACCAUUAUAACCCCCAAGAGCAUGUUUCUUCCUAUCACAAACAACAUGAGCAUGUCCACUCCAACCACAAGCCAAGAAAGUCCUUUACCAAUCAUUCCAUUGGUGAGUCUAGCUUGAAUGCAUACCAGCUGUCAGACCGUGGAGCCAACAACUCCACUCUGGAAUGGACUGUUGAAAACAAUUCCCAGUGGAUCUCUUCCCAUUCACAUCUGCAGGAGAAAGAAGGGGAAAAUGAUUAUCGGGUUGAAAUGAGGUUCCAGCCCCUAGACUCCGUUUCCCAUCAGAACUUUGGCUCUGGCAUGAAAUGCUCGGGUCUCCAAGGGCACAAUUUGCAGAGACUACGUCAGCGAAACCAUGAAGGCAAAGAAUGGGGUCUUGCAGACAGGGAGGGGUCCAUGGACUCUGUGCAGAUGCUUGACACCUUGAAUGUUGGGGUUGACGUGGAGGAAUGGCCUUUGCACAGGGACAUUACUCUUUCACCCCCUUUAACGUCUUCUCUGGAACCACUGGAACAAGAAGGAGAGCAUCUGAACCUGAUGAAGACAAACUCAGGCUCCAGCUCUGUCCUGGUGGUCAUGGUGAUAUUACUCAACAUUGGUGUAGCCAUUUUGUUCAUUCAUUUCUUUAUUUAAUCAUAUGGCCUAUAGAAUGUCAAUAACAGCAUUGAUCAUCAUCAAGAGUAAGAUAUGCACACAAUGCACACUUAGCACCACUUCUUAAUAUAAGGAACCCAAAAAUCACAGUAGUAAAUGUCUGUGUAAGUUGGGCAAGUCCAUGUAAAUUGUAAUCUUCUUUUAUGGUUCAAUUUAUUAUAUAAUUCCAUUAUAAUCCAUUAGUUAACUUUGCUUACUUUUUCCUCCAUUCAUAAUAAAGGUCCAUUUACAAUAUUCUGUAGAAAUGAAGUAUUACACAUGUUUAGGUUUUUUAAUAUACAACCUGUCUGAUAUGUUUUACCACGUAUUUAACAGUUACAAAAGAUUAUUUCACACUUAUUUGUUUUCCUUUCAAAUGCACAUAGGGCAAUUAUUGAGUAACGAGACUCUGAAGAUUAAUGUGCAAAGACGGUCUUGUGGUUUUAUGUACUAUGAUAUAGUUGAUGUAAGGUGCGAUUCACACUUAUAUAUAUAUAUAUAUAUAUAUAUAUAUAUAUAUAUAUAUAUAUAUAUAUAUAUAUAUAUAUAUAUAUAUAUAUAUACCCUCCCCUCCCCAUCCCCCACUGUAUUCCAGGGUAUAGCCCUAUAUGAUCGCUGCAGACGCUCAUUAUAUCAUCCAUAGAAAUCAACCCUCUCAUCUACAUACCCAGAUCCAACUCACCUAUAAGUCUGUGGUAACAGCUAUCUUAAAGGGCUUCAUCAUAGUGCAUUCCCAUUAAACUCACGCCAUCUGAAUCAGACAAGCCUGCAGAAUUCUUCCCACGCCUCACCGAAUUUCAGCACAAUCCAGUCGUGUAGUUCAUUUUGACUCACAUUCGCCACUGAAACACUGCUAUGCCAAACUCACUACUGAAGAACCUUCUGUGUUUUCUUGUACACCACAUGAUGUUACAUCCGCUAUGGGACAUAAAAGUACAACAGAGGUGCAGCAGUGGCUGAGUAUUCUGGCUCAUACUCAAUAAAGUUUGAGACUGUUACCUUAUGACCACUGCUUUCAAUAUAUAUUAUUCUAUAUUACUGAACAGUUAACAUAUUUUAACAAGUUUGCAAGAUAUCAUUGAUAUGCUGAGUGCCUUUUUUAAUUGAGAAACCAUCCCAGCGAGCAGGUUAUGUACUGAUGACCGCUCAUACAGAGGUCACGUGAAAUGGUUUGUCUCUCUCCCACCCCACCUUUGAACAAAUCAAGUUGGCUUAAGAACUGAGCCUAAGCCUGUGGAGAUUUUUACAGCAUGUUUGUUAGCCUGUUCUCUUCUGCUGUUACUCUGUGUGAUUUUCUGCCUGUCUCUCUGUCCAGCAACUUAGAUAACAAUUGGGACUGAAAGCAGUGUAAAAAUACCAGCUUAUGUUUCUCAGUGGGACCUGACUGACAUUAUCUAAAUUAAUGAAUGAUAAACUGCUAUUGUAUAUUUUAUACUACUCAUCCAGUGAUAUCAUGUUGUGAGAUCAUUGCAUGCCUAAGCAUGCCCUUUCUUACGCAAUGAUUUAUGAGAUUGUUUCCAAGUUAUGUGGAAAAUUAAUAAAACGUUUGAGGUUA